AUGGUUCAAGUUCAACGGAACAACGACUGUAAGAUGGCGAAUCAAGAAUUUCUCGAACAAAAGCCUGGUUUUGCCACCACUGCUAUUCACUGUAGGGUAGAAUCGAAGGAGACUUGCACAGGUGUAGUGCAGCCUAUAGUAACAGCAGCUACGUUCCAACUUUCUGAACCCGUUGUAGAGGAUAUUGGCACGCGAACCAUCGAACCAACCAUCGAACGCAAGAACGAAAAAUCUGAGCACUGCUUAGCAGAAUUAGAAGGCGGCAAAUAUGGAUUUGCUUUCUCUUCCGGUCAUGGAGCGAUGUCGACAAUUUGUAUGAUGCUGAGCCAAGGAGAUCACCUUCUUACCGAUAACGAAAUCUACGCUGGUACUGCUUGCCUUUUUAGGAAAAUCAUUUCAAGAAUGGGAAUUGAAAUUACUUUUACAGACUUCACAAAUAUUAAAAAUAUUGAAAAUUCAAUUCAAAAGAAUACAAAGAUGGUUUGGGUGGAAACUCCAACAAAUCCGACGAUUAAACUUCUUGACAUAGCUGCCAUAAGCAAAUUGGCUAAAAGUCGCGGUGAUAUCCUUGUUUGUGUCGAUAACACGUUCCUUACAUCGUAUUUUCAAAAACCUCUAGAUCUUGGUGCUGAUAUCAGCAUGUUUUCUGCAACUAAGUAUAUAAAUGGUCACUCAGAUGUUGUAAUGGGUGCAGCGAUUGUUAAGGAUGAGAAAAUAGCAAAAAUAUUGAAAAGUCUACAAAUGUAUGUAGGAGCGGUGCCUUCUCCCAUGGAUUGUUAUCUCGUAACUAGAAGCUUGACAACAUUGUCUUUACGCAUGGAACGACAUCAACAAUCAUCUUUAACUAUUGCCAAGUGGUUAUUAACCCAGAACCACGUGUUAGAAGUAUUACAUCCAGGACUUCCAGAACAUCCACAACAUGAACUUGCAAAAAGACAAAGUUUUGGUCAUUCGGGUGUCUUCAGUUUUAGGCAUUCUGGUGAAUUUAGGGAAUCUAAAACAUUUCUGUGUGCCCUUAAACUGUUCGCAUUGUGUAUCAGUUUAGGUGGAACAAGAAGUUUAGUACAAUUACCGUCUACGAUGACACACGCGGUGCUUUCUGAAAAACAACGAAUUGAUAUUGGUGUCACAGAUUCUCUUAUAAGACUUUCAAUUGGGCUAGAAGACCCCGAAGACCUUAUAAAAGAUUUAGAUCAAGCUUUUAAAGAAGCUUUUCAUAAAUAA